CUGAGCGCUGCCCCCGCAAAGUUGAAGAUGUCCCGACCACUAAUGCUGCUCUCUGUGUACUUCCUGCUGCUCCCGCAUGUGCACGCACAAUCUUGUGUCCACGGGUUGUGCGACAAGAAGAGCCACGCCGGAUUCUCUAUAAAAGCGUUUGCUGGUGUCUUUGCUGCCAUCAUGGUCGCGAUAUUCGUCGCCGUCGUGUUUAUGCUCCUUCCACGCUGGCGCCGCCGCCGCCGCUCAUCAGAAGAGCCGUAUGCCGACCCCCAACAGGCGGGUGGCACCGAAAGAUACGACUAUGCGGAAUACCACCGUCAGCAAGUCGCGGCGAUCACGCCAGCGCCACGGCGGCCCGCCCCGACACACCCCGCCAGUGCGACAACGCAGCAUGCUCGCAGAUAUGGGAAUCAGGCACCGUUGAGUGCCCUAGAUUCGGUUUCGCCGGCGAAACCUAAGCUUGCACCCACCUUUAAAUCUCUUGGCAGUACUGGUACAUGA